UAUGCCAACAGAAAUUCUUCAUGGAAAUAUCUUUACGUGUGGAUUUCUGUUCCUGCUAUUUCAUACUCUUUCAUUGCUUAUCUUUUCGUCACCGAGUCUCCAAGGUGGCUUCUCAUGCAAGGUCGAGUCAAAGAAGCAAUGGAAAUGCUGAAAGGAGUUAAUGAAAACGCUGCAAAUUUAAAUCCACCAGCAGAAGAAAAAAGGGUUUCAUUUUGUCAACUCUACUCAUCGAUAGCAGUGUUGUUAAGAACAAGUUGGGCUCCAAAACGGAUGGUGGGAGUUAUGGGGUUAGGUCUUGGCAUUGGAAUGGUGUACUUAGGGAUGCCAUUAGCAGUGGGAAACUUGAACUACAACAUAUACCUUGCAGUUGUGUUGAAUGCGUUGAUGGAAAUACCGUCUUGCGUGGUGACCUAUUUCUUGGGAAACUGCGGGAGAAAGUUAUCGAUUCUUGUGUUCUCAGUAGGAAGUGGGAUAUGUUGCAUAGUGUGUGUGGUGAUAGGCAGUGAAGGUGUUAAGGUGGGGUUUGCAGUGGCAUCGUUUUUCUGUGCAUGCACUGCUUUUAACGUGUUUCUGAUAUUCAUGGUGGAGCUGUUUCCGACAUGCGUGAGGAACACUGCAGCAUCGGUUGCGAGACAGGCUGUGGUGUUUGGGUGCAUGUUCAGUCCGUUUCUGAUAUCUGCUAGGAGAAAGAACAAGGUUUUCUCUUAUGGCGUGUUUGGAGUGGUUAUAAUCUCCUCCACUUUGACGUUGUUGGGUUUGCCAGAGACAAGAGGAAUGCCUCUUUCUGACACCAUGGAUCAACAGCAGAACAAAGAAAGCAACUUCCCACUCUGAAAUGGAAAUUCUUUCUGCUUUUCUCGACUUUUCUAGGCUUUCUUGCUUCCUAUUACAACUCCCACCUCCACUGUCAAACAUUUAACUUAGAAAAUCGAACAAUUUCAUUAUUAAAAUUCUGUGUUUAGUUGUAAUCGUGAGGGUUGUUAAUUUUCCUUUUUGAUCAUUUUGCAAAAUUUCAAAGGUUACAUAUUUAUACUCGUAUUAAAAAGAAAGAAAAUGUAACUGUCUAUUCUAUACUUACAUAUAGAAUCUAAGUUAUUCCAUAACCUUUGUCAUCUCACCAGUUUUGCUUUACAAGGUUUUGACAUUGAAUAGGACAUUAGUACCAGUGAGAGUAUGAAAACGAGACAAAAGAGAUUUUGUGUUUGAUCCACAAGAAGUACUUUCUAACCCAACACCUAUGUGUACUAAGUUGUCCUUUAUUGGUACCUUAUUCAAUAAGACUUUCUACCCAAAAUGUUGAGCAUUUAGAAGAGCUU